AUUCUCCUGUAUUAUGAGAAUUCUUUAAAUAACGUCUUUUUCUUUAAGGUAUUACGCACCGAAGGAGGAAUCCAGAGCUUCUUUCGAAAACAUGCUCCCUCAGAAACGGGUCCCUAUGGUAUUGCUGCAGAAGUAAUGGACACUUACAUAAAGUCUUGUGCUGGCUAUUGUGUUAUCACAUAUUUACUUGGAAUCGGUGAUCGACACUUGGAUAAUUUACUUUUAACAAGAAAUGGUAACCUCUUUCAUAUUGAUUUUGGAUACAUUCUUGGAAGGGACCCUAAGCCACUCCCACCCCCUAUGAAACUAAGCAAAGAGAUGGUUGAAGGUAUGGGAGGAGCACAGUCAGAACAUUAUCAUGAAUUUCGUAAGCUUUGUUAUACUGCUUUUCAUCAACUCCGUCGUCAUGCAAACUUAAUACUCAAUCUGUUCUCUCUUAUGGUGGAUGCAAAUGUGCCAGACAUUGCACUAGAGCCUGAUAAAACUGUGAAAAAAGUAGAGGACAAGUUUCGACUAGACUUGAGUGAUGAAGAGGCAGUCAGCUACAUGCAAGGCCUUAUUGAUGAUUCAGUUAAUGCUGUGGUAGCUGUAGUAGUGGAACAGCUGCAUAAGUUUGCUCAGUAUAUUCGAAAAUAGUCUCUUGAUGAGAAAAUGUGAUGUAUUGAUUAUAUAAUCUAAUUUGGAUUAUCCUUCCAUCAGUACUGUUGUAUAGUGUGACCCCUUUUUUUAAUAAUAUCACUAUGAUGGUAUAUUGCUAUGUUAACCCUUUCAGGGUCGACUGGCCCUCUCCCAGACUUGUUCUCAGGGUCGAAAAAUAUUUGAAAAAAAAAAAAAGUUUUUUUUUUUUCUAAACAUUUUAGGCUAAAAAAAUUUUUUUUUUUUGCCCUCACUACUUGCCGAGAUAUGGGGGCGUGAGUUGGCAGAAAUUGAACUGCAUAUGGCAACAUCACUGACUGCCGGUCACCCGGUAAUCAUUUAUUUAGUUUUUUCUACUUUUUUCUAUUAUUUUUAAUAUUUUUUUCUUUUCAAGUAAAUUUUAUGGUCCGUGAGACCAAUAUGAGCACUAUUUUGUAUAUACGUAUUUACUUUUUCUAUACUACACAAUAAAUGGACAAACCACUGUUGUCAUUAUAUUGUUUACAAAACAUGUUUACACAAACGAACAAUGUAAAAUGUUGUUUAUUACUAUUUUUUAAAUUUUAUAUACACAUAUAAGAGUCACUAGACAUAUUUCUAGAAGUUCUGCAGCCUGUGGAACCCUUUGAAACACGGUGUCAUGCACAGUGGUGUUUCACACUCCUCACACAUAAAACGAGUGCCUCUGCAUUUUUGUGGGAGUUUUUUUUUUGUAUGUGCACAGACAAAACACCUCUUCUGAGCCUUUUUCUUCAAAGCAGUAGCAGGCAGUUGUAUUAGGAAGUUAUCACCAUGCCUCAGACGAGAGGGUAGUUGAUGAUCAGUUCGCAGGUGUUGUUAUUUGGUACUUGAAUAAUAUUUGUCUGAUGACAGACAAACAAAAUUGACCAUGUGGUUGUUUAUUUCUGGUCUUCAACUUGUACACAUUAUAAGCAUUCAGCAUGGAAAUGUCCACAAGAUGAAAAAAGUUUUAUGUACCACUUAUAACUCUUGGGAACACAAUCAACACACCCAAUUUGCAUAUCACAUUUGUCCACUGAGCGCAUAUUGAGAGUGUAGUCCAUCACAGCUGCAGGUUUUAGAAUGGGUUCAUUGGUCUCUCUGCUGCCUGCCAGUGUCCGUCAUUUCGUUUCGGUGAACUGAUGACAACAGUGUGACAUCUAGUUUGCCAUGCCACCGAAAUGCCAUGAUGUCAUUGGCAGCAAACGCCUGCACCUCGUCUCUACGAGUGCCAGCAUCGAACCUGGGCAUAUGUUUACAAUUUCUACUCACUGUGCCACACACAUCUAUCAUAUUCACUCGCAAAAAAUCACCGA